AAAAGAUCUUGUGGUUCCCGAGUCUUCAAGGAAACUCUCAUCUCUCUCUCUGUCUGAAUAAAAAAAAGAAGAGGAGGAGGAGGAAGAAGAAAAAGAUAAGGAAGCAGGGAUAUUCGAAAAAACCCUAAACACUAACAAACUCCAAUAAUGUCAUCCUCCACUCUCCAAGCUUCUCUUCUCCUCCGUCCUCCUCCUCUCCAUUCCUUCAAACCUCACCAUCGUCCUCUCUUCUCUUCUUCUCUGACUCUGCGUUUCAAUCCUCAAUCUCUCUCCAGCUUCUACCGUCUUUCUUCGACUCUUCUCAGCUCUCGAUUUCACCCCCUUCCUUGCUCACUCCGCCAAGACAAUGUCGCUUCCGACUCCGAUUUCCUCCCCAAGGACUCCGGUGAGGUUGCGGAUUCCGCAGAGAGUAGAUUGGUUCCGGAAUUAGCGACAAGCGAUGGAUACGAGGGAACGAUUAGCGGAGGAGAAGAAACUGAGGGUAAAGAGGAAGACUUGGAGAAGAAGAGCAAGUUUAAGAUAGUGGUGCUGAUGAUGGGAGUAUGGGCAGCCAUAAAAAGAGCUAUGGAGAAGGUAAUGGAAUGGGAGUGGCUUAGCUGGUGGCCUUUCUCUCGCCAAGAGAAGCGUCUCGAGAAACUUAUAGCUGAGGCUGACGCUAAUCCCAAGGACGCUGCUUUGCAGGGAGCUUUGUUAGCUGAGCUCAACAAGCACAUUCCUGAGGCUGUUGUCCAACGGUUUGAGCAAAGGGAACACGCAGUGGAUAGUAGAGGAGUUGCUGAAUACAUUCGAGCUCUUGUCGUUACUAAUUCUCUCGCUGAGUAUCUUCCUGACGAACAAACCGGGAAGCCAUCUACUCUUCCCACACUGCUGCAAGAGCUGAAGCAUCGCGCAUCAGGCGAUAUGGACGAAUCAUUUGUGAACCCUGGUAUAUCUGAGAGGCAACCCUUGCAUGUUACCAUGGUUAAUCCGAAAGUCUCAAACAAAUCAAGAUUUGCACAAGAGCUUGUCUCUACGAUCUUGUUCACAGUUGCUGUUGGAGUUGUGUGGUUAAUGGGUGCAGCUGCUCUGCAAAAGUAUAUUGGAAGCCUGGGAGGGAUUGGAACUUCGGGUGUUGGUUCAAGUUCUUCUUAUUCCACAAAAGAAGUUAACAAAGAAAUAACUCCAGAAAAGAACGUCAAAACAUUUAAGGAUGUAAAGGGUUGUGAUGAUGCAAAACAAGAGCUUGAGGAGGUGGUAGAGUAUCUUAAAAAUCCAUCAAAGUUUACCCGUCUUGGAGGAAAAUUGCCAAAGGGAAUUCUUCUUACAGGGGCACCUGGUACUGGAAAGACAUUGCUGGCUAAAGCCAUUGCUGGAGAAGCUGGAGUACCCUUCUUCUAUAGAGCUGGAUCUGAAUUUGAAGAGAUGUUUGUUGGGGUAGGAGCACGGCGUGUGAGAUCCUUGUUUCAGGCAGCUAAGAAAAAGGCGCCUUGUAUCAUUUUCAUUGAUGAAAUUGAUGCUGUUGGGUCCACGAGGAAACAAUGGGAAGGGCAUACAAAGAAGACAUUGCAUCAACUACUCGUCGAAAUGGAUGGUUUUGAGCAGAAUGAGGGAAUAAUAGUUAUGGCUGCUACAAACCUGGCUGAUAUACUUGAUCCGGCCCUGACAAGACCGGGUAGAUUCGAUAGGCAUAUUGUGGUCCCAAGUCCGGAUGUCCGUGGACGCCAAGAGAUUUUGGAACUCUACCUCCAAGGCAAACCUAUGUCAGAUGAUGUGGAUGUUAAAGCAAUUGCUCGCGGAACUCCUGGAUUCAAUGGUGCUGAUCUCGCAAACCUGGUUAAUAUUGCUGCCAUAAAGGCAGCUGUUGAAGGGGCUGAGAAGCUAUCCGCUGAGCAGUUGGAAUUUGCAAAGGACCGAAUAGUUAUGGGCACAGAGAGGAAGACGAUGUUCGUAUCAGAGGACUCUAAAAAGCUCACUGCAUACCAUGAAAGUGGUCAUGCUAUUGUUGCUUUGAACACGAAAGGUGCACACCCGAUCCACAAAGCAACAAUAAUGCCACGUGGAUCUGCGUUGGGAAUGGUUACGCAGCUACCAUCGAACGAUGAAACAUCAGUGAGCAAAAGGCAGCUAUUAGCUCGUCUUGAUGUAUGUAUGGGAGGAAGAGUCGCAGAGGAGCUCAUCUUUGGCCAGGACCAUAUCACCACUGGAGCAAGUAGCGAUCUCUCCCAGGCCACAGAACUUGCUCAAUAUAUGGUAUCGAGCUGUGGGAUGAGUGAAGCGAUAGGACCAGUUCAUAUAAAGGAAAGACCAAGUUCUGAAAUGCAAUCACGCAUCGAUGCAGAGGUUGUGAAACUUCUUCGAGAGGCAUACGAGCGAGUGAAAUCUCUCUUGAAACGGCAUGAGAAGCAGCUACACACGUUAGCAAACGCACUUCUAGAGUAUGAAACGCUAACCUCAGAGGACAUAAAGCGUAUCCUCCUUCCAAAACAAGAAAUAGACAAGUUACAGGAGAAACAAGAAGAAGAAGGAGACUUGGUAUUGGCCUAGUCCGCAUUAUUUAUUAUCAUAAACACAACACCUUUUUGGGUGAAAAGGGGAGGUUCAAAACUUUUGUACAGAUUAUAUCUCCUGUAGCUUAAAAUUUCCAAAGGAAUGUAUUUCUAGUUUUUAUUCUAUGUUGUGAUUCUCUUCAAGGUUAUUGCAAGUUCUCUUUAUGUUUUAA